AAUUGAUUCGAAUUUUAAAACGUGCGCAAAUAAUACAAUUGUGCUUUAUAUAUAUUAUAAUAUAUUUACGUAAUAUUACAUAUUUUGAGAUUAAUAUAUAAGAAUUAAUACAGUAUUUUUUAAUAUAUAAGUUUAAAUAGUGUGUGCCAUAUACGUAUAGAAAAAAUAUUAUUGUAUUCAAAUUACUUUAUACUUUAAAUCAUUGCUUAUUAUUUUUGUAUAUAUAUAUUUUAAAAAUAAGAAUGGAUUAUGAAAAAUAUUACGAUCGGAGAAGAGAUGGAAGUUAUGUUAUACAUUUUCCUAAUAACAAAGGAUUAACUAUGAAAGAGGUUAAUACUAUAUUUUCCUCGUUUGGUAAAGUUUUAUCCGCAGAUGACCGUGGACAACCUAAUGGAUUAUGUUUUGUAAAAUUAGAAACGGCUGAAGAUGCAAAACAAUGUAUCGAAGCUUUUAAGAAUCAUAAAUUUAUUAAAAUUUUACCACACAUAACUAAAAAAUUUGUUAAUGUAAAAAGAAAACCAUGCAAUGAAAAUAAGAAAGUAUUUAAACAAAAUUCUAUUGUAAAUAAUUCAGAUAACAAUAUCAUCAAUAGCAAUGAUUUGUGUGCAAAGAAGAUUCAAGAAAAAUGCAAUCAGUCUGAUUCUAAUAUAUCAGAAUCAAUAUCUGUAAAAGAUAAUUUUAAUGAUGAUAUAAAAACUGAAGAAAAUAAAAAAUCUACAUCGAUAUCAUCCUUGAGGCACUUUUUAAAACUUAAAAAUUUACGAAGAACUGCAUCAAGUACUUCAAUUUCAUCAGAAGUUACUAAUGAAAAUUUGAAUAGAGAAAUAUUUAAUGAAAUAGAAAUUCCAUCAUUGGUAUCUAUUGAUAAAAAAUAUAAAUCACACAAUAUUAAAGUUCCUUUAUCAUCAAAGGUUAUUCAGGCACAAGAAGUAAUUGUAGCUAAUAUACAUCCAAAUAUAAGUAUACAUUAUAUAUUACAUCUUUUUGAAAAAUAUAAUCCAAUAUCAGUGUCACUUAUGAUGACAACACCAAACACUAGAAUAUUAUAUUGCCAUGUUUAUUUCAAAACAUAUGAAGAAGCACAUUCAACAAUGAAAGAAUUUGAUAAAUAUUCUCUAUAUGGAAAAUAUCUUAUUGUUUUGACAUCUCAAAAAUUGAUAGAAGAAGCGCUUUAAUGAUGAACAUAUAUAUAUAUAUAUAUAUAUAUAUAUU